AUAACUUUAUAAAUAUUACUUUUAUGAUGGUUAUUGUUGUUAAAUUUAAAAUGUUUUGUGGUAUUAUAUCAAAAAAUAAAAAAUUAGAUAUUUUAAUUAAUUUAAAAUUGAUAAAUUUUUUAUUGAAUAAAAUAUUUUUUAUUGUAUUAUUUUGCACAUUAUUAAACGCCGGAGUGGGAGCAUCAAACCAAAGUGGAAGAGGAUCGGACUUCAACUCCGAUGAUAGCACAGCGUGUGGGCAGGAUAGCUUCUUGGCCAAUGCGCACGACCCUCCUCACCAACACGGUCCUUCACCUCCGAUGACGGCAUCCCCAACGCCCGCAACCGCGGCAGACGACAAUACUUCAAGUGUGCAGCAACGCCUCGACAACAACCAUGGCGCAGAUGCCCCGACGAGGAGGAUUACGAUAUGGUAGGGAUGAGAUUAGGAGAGAGAUGCUGUCGCGUGUACACAGGGGCAGAUGCCUUCCUCUUCUUCGUCGUUCCUUUGACUUCCUCUUCUACCUCCGCUGUUGCAAGCGCACUGCGCCUUUCACUAUCUUCACCGCCGGCGACAACUCCAAACCUCCCCACUGCAUCUUUGAAAGAGAAACAGAAGCAGUGGCCAUGGCGGAUCAGCAAGAUGGAAUGGUGCAGAAUAUUUUAGAACAAAAAAUUCUUAAAUGGGUCUUCGUUGGUGGUAAAGGUGGCGUUGGCUAAACCACAUGUAACUCAAUACUCUCGAUUCUUUUCGCCAUUGUUCAUAAUUUCCACCAACCCAACUCACAAUUUCCUUCUCAACUGCGAUUCACAAAGACUCCAACUUUAGUCAAUGACUUUACCAAUCUCUAUACUAUAGAAGUGGAUCCAACUGUUGAGCAUGAGGAUGUGGGCACUUUUGAAGGGAUAGACGGUAUGAGUCACUGCAAUUUUCGACGGAGUGUGGGCAGUUCGACGGAGUGUGGGCA